UAAUAUGGAUUUAAUACAACGGACAUUUACUAGGACCUUUGUUCGAAAUAAAUAUGGGAAUUUUCAAAGUAUUGUGCGAAAAAAUGAUUCGAGAUAAUAAAAAUCUUAUUUCUUACCAUGGCACAUAACAUUAGAAGAAUCGACGUGGUGUUUUUGUAAACGAUGGGUGGAGUAGUAGGGAAGAUCAAAGCGGCGGGCGGCGUGAAGGCUGCAAGUUCUGUUCUCGACAGAGUCAUAUCCCAACCCCAUACGGAGGAACACACGGUGUUAUAUAAACUAGCCGAUUACAAAAAGGGUGGUUUACUGCUCGAAACCUACGCUAAAGGUGGUAUGACGGCUGCGGAGAAGCUAAUAAGGGAAGAGUUUGCAGCCUACAUGUACGCUGGGGGGCGGGGUAGGGUAAUCAAUAGGGCCGAGUAUCUGCGAUGGAAGUUCAGGGACCAUGAACAGGUGGUGUUACCAAUAGAAGCAUCUCUUUCACCACACGACCCGCUUGCGAAAUGGGAGGACCACAUGGCUUGCUGGCAGAUGUCUUACCGGGGCGCCCUGGGGGAAUCCCUCUUGCAUGUGCUCAUCAUUUGUGAUACGAAGAUUCACACAAGAUUAGCAAGAACGUUGGUCAAAUGUUUUCCGAAAUUGUCCUCGGAUGUGGUUGAGGGUGAAGAGUAUUUGGGUGCCAGUUCUCUCCACUUAGCAAUCGCAUACAGCAACAACGAAUUAGUCCAAGAUCUGGUAGAAGCGGGCGCUGACGUCAACCAAAGAGCGAUUGGCAGUUUCUUCCUUCCCCGAGACCAACAAAAGGUGCCUCCUGCCAGACAGACCAACUACGAAGGUCUGGCGUACCUCGGAGAGUACCCGCUUGCCUGGGCAGCUUGCUGUGCAAACGAGGCAGUUUACAACCUUCUUCUGGACUCGGGAGCCGACCCUGAUGCACAGGACUCGUUUGGCAAUAUGAUACUGCAUAUGGUCGUAGUGUGUGAUAAAUUGGAUAUGUUCGGUUAUGCGCUCCGACACCCCAAAGUGCCGGCCAGCAACGGUCGCAUGAACACGGCAGGCUUCACGCCUCUCACCUUGGCGUGCCAACUCGGCAGAGCCUCCGUCUUCAGAGAAAUGUUAGAAUUGUCUGCGAGGGAAUUCUGGAGAUACUCCAACAUCACUUGUUCGGCCUACCCCCUCAAUGCUUUGGAUACAUUGUUACCUGAUGGGAGAACGAACUGGAACUCUGCAUUGUUCAUAAUUCUGAACGGAACUAAGCAGGAGCAUCUGAACAUGUUGGACGGAGGAAUCAUUCAGAGGCUACUAGAAGAGAAGUGGAAAACAUUUGCAAGGAAUAAGUUUCUCAAACGCCUCAUGAUCCUAAUGUUGCACCUCCUCCUCCUAUCCGUGGCGGUAUACCUUCGUCACAGCAGCGCAGAAGCAGACUCCAACCCGGAUUGGGGACUAGAAGUCACGGACGCUAGGGGAGGCCUACGCUUGGCUAGCGAACUGGGAACCAUUGUCAGCACUCUGUGUUAUAUCAUCCUGCAACAAGGAGACGAAAUCAAGAACCAAGGGCUUGUUGCGUAUUUGAAACAAUUGAUUCACGAGCCCGCUAAAUUCAUCUUCCUGUCGUCAAACAUACUUCUUCUGGCGUGCAUCCCGGCCCGAUUAUCCAGACAAAGCAUGGUGGAGGAGGCGAUACUCAUCUUCGUGCUGCCCGGCUCUUGGUUCUUACUGAUGUUCUUUGCUGGCGCGGUAAAACUGACCGGCCCAUUCGUGACCAUGAUCUACAGCAUGAUCACCGGCGACAUGUUCACAUUUGGUAUCAUCUACUGCAUUAUACUCUUUGGUUUCUCGCAGUCCUUCUAUUUUCUAUACCGAGGUUUCCCUAACGUUCAAGGCACAUUGUUUUCAAGCUAUCCGAGUACUUGGAUGGCAUUAUUUCAAAUCACUCUCGGAGAUUACAGUUACACAGACCUUGGUUUAACCACAUACCCGAAUCUGGCGAAGACAGUUUUCGCCGUGUUCAUGGUGUUUGUGCCGAUCUUACUGCUGAACAUGUUGAUCGCCAUGAUGGGCAAUACGUAUGCGCACGUUAUUGAGCAAUCAGAGAAGGAGUGGGUCAAGCAGUGGGCGAAGAUAGUGGUAUCCCUCGAGCGGUCGGUGGGCCAAGAGGACGCUCAUCGGUACCUUCAGGAGUACUCCAUAGGGCUGGGCCCUUCGGACGAUCCGCGGUACGAGCAACGAGCCGUCAUGGUCAUCAAGUGCAAGCCCAAGACUAGGGCCAAUCAGAGGAAAGGCGCGUUGACUAACUGGAAGCGUGUAGGAAGAGUGACGAUAGCUGAACUGCGACGGAAGGGAAUCAGCGGCGAAGAACUGCGGAGACUGAUGUGGGGCCGCGUCUCCAUAUCUACGCCGACUAAAGUUCCUCUACCAAGACGCGGUGGCGCGCCUCCACCAGACUGCGUAGUAUCAGCGGACGCGGUGCUGACAUCAGAAGUGGGGGACGGUGUGGCUCCAGCUUUGUCUUCGGCGCUGAAUGUUAUGGCGUUUACUGAAUUGGAACUUGGAACAGCUGAACCACAGAAACAAACUCCAGAUCUACUAGUGAACGGGAAGAGUGCUCCAAAAGUACCACCUUCUGCGAUCCCUACUCAACAACCUAUUAAUACUCCCAACCAACUCAAUGUACCUUCACAGAAUGUCCAGCCUCCAACAGCGCCAAAUAAAACAGCUCUAGAAACUAAAACAGUUAGCAUAUCUCCCGUGACUCCUGCUGAGAAUAAAGUCCAGGUUGCUUCGACACCGCAAGCCACUCAAGGAAUGGUACAAGCGAAAAUACCUCAAGAGAAACCGAAAGAAAUUCCGGUUGAAGUUCUAGAGGAGGUGUACAGAGAUUACCUGUACGAGCUGAUGAAGCUGGUGCAGAAGGAAGGAGCCACCGACCCCCACAUCAAGGAGCUGGCUGCGAAGGCUGCAGACAUGACUGGAAUACCAGAGAUCGACAUCAAUGUUAGCAUGGCAGCCAAAUCGGCCCGCAGGAUGGCCGCGGGCGCAGUAUCGGGGUUGUUCGGGGUGGUCGCCGACGCGCCUGCGCCCGACUCCGGCUGGCGGCGUGAGCGGCAGGAACACAGCGACAGCGACCCUAUUUCCGAAUCAGUGUUGCUGGGCCGUGCGUCCCGCGCUCGUCGCGCCCGCUCGGCGUCGCGCCGCGCCGCGCCUCCGCCCCCGCACCUCUACGUGCCCGCCAGAUCGAUGUAUCUCGUGGCGUCAGAAAGCAGUGCCGUGGAGAGUGAUGCACAAUGGGACGAGCCACCAAGCUCUGGAAACAGCUCUGCGAUCGGAGGACGAAGAGACGAGGUUGCCCGAAUACGAGCAGCGCGACCUCUGUGCAUUCAGCACGCUACGGGGCAGCCUAACGUGGAACAUUCCCUUUAUAUUGUAGGAGCUGGAAGCGGGGUCGAAGUGGAAAGUGCUGCUCCGAUGCCGAAGAACGAACAGAGGAAAGUGCGCCCCAAAACAGCACGGCCUCGUAGGAACAGAGUAUCUCCAGUCGCAGAGUCGCCGAGUCCACUGCAGCCGUGGGCGACCGCGCCGCUGUCCCGCCUCUCCCGACUGUUGCGGUCACACAGCGUCUCCUCAGCCUCGCUCACGUCGGAGAACUCCAAUGAGCAAUCUCCCAAGAGAUAUUGAAAGAUUUUGAUUCAAGUAGUGUUAGGUUAGUCUCUUGCCUCACUGAUCUCAAAUCAACAAAAGGUAAUAAAGUUUUAAUGUAACGCUGUAUUGUAUUUAGGUACUUUGUUCUUUAUACCCGACUGCGCGACGCAAAGGAGGGUAAUGUGUUUUUAAGGAAUUACUGAUUAUUUUCAUAACUUGAAACUUGAUAGUAAAAUUUCGAUACAAAAUUUUUACUCAGUCACCAAAACACGCUCCAAGUCAAAUUUGAAUAGUUUUCAUAGAUUGAGUAUUAAGUAUAAUAUUUAAUAUGUACCUAAUUAAAAUUAAGGCAAAUGUUUUAACUAAUUAGGUACCUGUUUAUGUACAUAUUUAGUUAUAGUUUUGUUGGUAUUUUAUGAAGAAUUUAUUGAUCUCCCUGAAAAAAGUUAAUGUUUUAAAUAAGAAAAUCUUGAUUUGCAGAAUUACAGUUCACUCGUUAAGUUUUUUGAAAACGCAGACACCCCGAUAAAUUUAGGUCCUAUUUUAAAUGUUGAGUACAAACUAAUCAAAUCUAUUGAAUAAGCUGCAUGAAGAAAUAAAACAA